AUGACGGAUGGGCUCAUGAGCAAAGCUGCCACGAUGGAGAUCCCCAUCAAUGGAACCGGGGACACGGGCAGCCUGCCGGAGGACGAUGGCCUGGAGCAGGACCUGCAGCAGGUGAUGGUGUCGGGGCCCAACCUGAACGAGACCAGCAUUGUGUCGGGGGGCUACGGGGGCACCGCCGAGGGGAUCAUCCCCACCAGCAGUGUCAAAGGCCCUGCGGUGCGAUAUAACGCCUCCUUCCCGGGACUGCGGCUCCUCCAUGCACAAGGCGCCUUUGUCACAUCUCAUUCCUCCCGAGGACCAUCCAUCUCACCCAGUGAAUCUGCUGCCAGCCGGAUCGCCAGCCAGGCAGAUGCAUCAGCAGGCUCCGGGCUGCACCCGCCCCACCCCAGCCCCCUGGCGACGGGAGACGAGGCCACCCGGGGCAUCGCUGUGGAGAAGUUUGAUAUUGUCAAGAAAUGGGGCAUCAACACAUACAAGUGCACCAAGCAGCUGAUCUCGGAGCGCUUCGGCCGGGGCUCGCGCACGGUCGACCUGGAGCUGGAGACGCAGAUCGAGCUGCUGCGUGACACGAAGCGCAAAUACGAGUGUGUGCUGCAGCUGGCGCGGGCGCUGACCCACCACUUCUACAGCCUGGUGCAGACCCAGCACGCCCUGGGCGACGCCUUCUCCGACCUGAGCCAGAAAUCCCCCGAGCUGCAGGAGGAGUUUGGCUGUAACGCAGAGACGCAGAAGCUGCUGUGUAAGAACGGAGAGACCCUGCUCGGGGCUGUCAAUUUCUUCGUCUCCAGCAUCAACACCCUGGUGAACAAGACUAUGGAGGACACGCUUAUGACUGUUAAGCAGUACGAGACGGCCAGGCUGGAGUACGACGCCUACCGCACAGACCUGGAGGAGCUGAGCAUGGGCCCGCGGGAUGCCAGCACCCUGUGCCGCCUCGACGCCGCCCAGAGCCACUUCCAGAGCCACAAGGGGAAGUACGAGAAGCUGCGGGCCGAUGUGGCCAUCAAGCUCAAGUUCCUGGAGGAGAACAAGAUCAAAGUGAUGCACAAGCAGCUGCUGCUCUUUCACAACGCCGUCUCCGCCUACUUCGCCGGCAACCAGCAGCAGCUGGCCCAGACCCUGCGGCAAUUCAACAUCCAGCUGAAGACGCCGGGCGCCGAGAAGCCCUCAUGGCUGGAGGAGCAGUGA